AUGACUGAGAAACGGAUGUCGCGGUGGUAUUUCGGGGGGCUGGCCUCCUGCGGAGCCGCAUGCUGCACGCAUCCUCUGGAUCUCCUCAAGGUCCACCUGCAGACACAGCAGGAGGUGAAGAAGAGGAUGAUCGGGAUGGCCGUGCACGUGGUGAAGAAUGACGGGGUGCUGGCUCUCUACAGUGGCCUCUCUGCCUCCCUGUGUCGACAGAUCACCUACUCCCUCACCAGAUUUGCCAUCUAUGAGACAGUCAGAGACAUGAUGGGUAACACUGGCAAGGGACCAAUGCCUUUCUACCAGAAGGUCAUGCUGGGAGCAUUUGGAGGAUUCACUGGUGGGUUUGUUGGGACACCAGCAGACAUGGUGAACGUCAGAAUGCAAAAUGAUAUGAAACUACCACCAGAACAGAGAAGAAACUAUAAACAUGCCAUUGACGGACUCUACAGAGUCCUUAGAGAAGAAGGUAUAAGGAAGCUAUUCUCAGGAGCCUCCAUGGCAUCUGGCAGGGGAGCAUUGGUCACUGUGGGGCAGUUGGCGUGUUAUGACCAGGCCAAGCAGCUGGUGUUGGGAACAGGCGUGAUGGGAGACAAUAUGCUCACACACUUUCUUUCCAGCUUCAUAGCUGGUGGCUGCGCUACAUUUUUGUGUCAGCCUCUGGAUGUGCUCAAAACGAGGUUGAUGAACUCGAAAGGAGAGUACACGGGGGUGCUGCAUUGCCUACGGGAAACAGCAAAGCUGGGACCCCUGGCGUUUUACAAGGGUCUUGUCCCAGCGGGGAUCCGCUUGGUUCCCCACACAGUUCUCACCUUUCUCUUCCUGGAGCAGCUCAAGAAGAACUUCGGUAUUCGCAUCGUCUCCUGAUCCGCUGGUCUCUGCCAAUCACAUCCCCCUUCAUCAUCCUGCUCCUCAUCAUUCACAAGAAAGGAAAGUGUUGGGGUGGGGCAGCUUGUUGUUGGCCUUUGGGUGCUUCCCCUCUCGUUUUUCUCUACCUCCAUCCCACCAGUGGAUUUACAUGACUUGGAUCCAGUUUUUGCCGCUCUCUAAGAACUAAGGGAAAAAACAGCAGACUUAAAGCUGCUGGUAUGAGGUUCAUAACAUCCGCAGGAUAUAAUUAAUAAUAGAUGAGAGAGUACUGUUGUAGUUUAAUUGUUAUAUAAUUGUUCAGAUUAACUUCUAACGUUGAGAUCAGACUGUAUAUCUUUAACAUACCUUGUUGGGAACAGGCAGAUUUCUUCACUUCAUCUAAUUCCAAAUUAGAUGUGUUUUAAUCUGACCUUAAACCUUAAUCCACUGGUAGUUUGUGACACUUUCAGAAGUCACAUAAAGUCAGCAAUUACUGCAGAUUGGUGUUAAAAUGCUUACGUUACAGUUCUCUAAAACAAUUGUUAGUCAGCAGGGUGCAUGACAUCCUCACAAAGUUGUAAACAAACACAGCAAAGCUUUAUCUGUCUCCAUCUGGCCAAUCUCAAAUGGAUUUACAAAGCCAUAAAUCUAACAAGACCCAGCAUUCAACCAGCAAUCAUUUAACAGCGGUACUGACAAAAUGGGUUGCAGUGUUCAAUAUAAAUGUUGUUUGCUUCUGUUUUCACCUUUUUAUUAAUGUUUUACACCUCAAAAUCAAACACAGUUUAGAAUAUAAUUGAUGUAUUCCUGGUGCUUCUUUAAUUCAUUCCACCUUUUCACAUCACAUCUGGAAAACAAGAGGACCAAGUUCUUCUGUGUCAUUUUUUUAUUUAAUUUUUUUUUUUUUUUUUUUUUUUACACUGAGUGAGUUAGAAAGAACACUGAAAUACAUAAAGCUAAUUAACAUUCUGAUAAUAAAUGAAAAGCUAUUUUAUGUCUUAGAUCCCAGUGGCAUUCUGUAUCCAUUCUGGGACACCUGCUGUUUAAAACAACAGCUCCAUUUCAGCCUGCAAUGUUUGUUUUUCAUGUAGGUGAAUGCACGUCAGGCGUUGUGAACCAGGACCCUGAUUUUAAAAGGCACUUUAUUUAAAAAGCAAACUUGAUUUAACACUGACUGACCUGCUUUUAAGAAACUAAGAUAUGAAACGUUGUCACUGAAAAUGUGAAUGAAUCCAAGUAACAAUGUUUUCCUCUAACAAGGUUUUAGUUGGAUGUAAAGAAAAGCUUUCCUCUUUUGCUGUGCCUGCUCAAGUCAUGUGGCCUUACAGUGUCUGUCCUGCAGGGGGCAGUGUUGUUACAUGUAAAUUGCCCUGUUUUAUGCAUCGGGAGAGGUUCUCUCUGUCUUCAUCUCAUGAUGAGAUCUGUAUCGUUUAUUUUAUGUACAUUCACUGAAAUGAAACUGUUGGGACGGUUAUGGCUCAGUAAAUUUUAAUAUUGUAGGUCUUUCACUAAUAAUUUUGAGAAAUAAAGUAUUAAUUGAAACUGUU